AUCGAUGAUGAUGAUGAUGUAUGAUUUGCGAUAGUGCAUGUACACAGUCUGGUUGGUUAAUUUUGAAUUUUUAAAUUUAUUUUCCAAAUCAUGAAACUCGUUCAAUUGGAAAUGUUAUUGGAAACCAUUGAUGGUUUCGACAAUCCAAAAAUACAGCUUGAACAAUAUGAAACCGGUCAUCAUAUUGGUGCACGUAUGUUAUUCACGAUGAAUUCCUAUGAUGAUAUCGAAGAUAAAAUUAUACUUGAUUUGGGAACUGGAUGUGGUCGUCUUGGAUUAUCUUGUGCUUGUCUUAAUGCUGCAUUUGUACUCGGUGUGGAUAUUGAUCCGGAUGCUAUUGAAAAAUGUGUCGCUAAUCGUAAAUGUCUGCAAGAAGAUGAAGAGCCAAAUUUUCUAAAUAAUUUCGACACGAUUUGUGCCGAUGUUUGUGAUAACUCCAUAUGGUCACGAUUCAUGAACAAUACAUUGUUUGAUGUUGUCAUAAUGAAUCCACCAUUUGGUACGAAAAAUAACAAAGGUAUCGAUAUGAUGUUCUUACGAAGAGCAUUAGAAUUAUCAUCCGGUACUGUUUAUAGCCUACAUAAAACCUCGACACGUGAUCAUGUUCUUCGAAAAGCACAUGAUUUCGGUGCCAAAGGAAAAGUUCUGGCCAAACUACGAUAUGAUCUACCAUGUACUUAUAAAUUUCAUCAAAAACAUACAAAAGAUAUUGAAGUAGAUUUUUUUCGAUUCGAAAAAUUAAAUCAUUGACUUGUU